AAUCGAAAUGUUUACAGUUUUGAAAAUACUGUUAAAAUGCUUUAUAAAAUGAAAAAUUUACAAAAUUUUCCUUUAUCUUGUUGAUUUAACCAGUUUAUAACGUAUUUCGUGUAUCAUCGCUAAACUUUUUAUACACUGGUAAGCAAGAUUGAGGCACAUAAGUUGUUCUGAAAAUAAUAAAAUUAACUCAGCAACAGAUGGACAAUAAAAUACUUUCUUCCGUAGUUGUUUUGAAAAAAUGUUUUUUAUACCUCAUAAUAAAAUCUAUUGCAAUUAUAAAAGUAAUUCUCGACUGUUUUGUCUCUGAAAAUUUAAAGUAAUACAGAUUUCUUCAGCGAUUAAGUAUAGAUUUUUUUUUUUUUUUUUUAAUAUAAUCAAUGGCACAACAAAAAGAGAAAAAAUUGGUGUACCCUCCAGGAGUGAAGGAAUUGACAGAAGAUAUAUCAACUGAUGAACUGUAUCGGCGCCUGAAAGUGUGUGUUAAGGUGCUUCAAACAAUUAGUCAAGAGGAUGAUAAUUCAAAAUACCAACCUUUGGCAUUUCAUCUGGCAUCUGACUUUUUCUUAGACCACCGCAGUAAAGACAUCAGACGUGGCGCUGCUCUUUGUAUUGCAGAUAUUUUCCGUAUAUUUGCUCCAGUCAAUCCUUAUAGUGACCCAAAAAUUCUUGAAGCUCUAUUUAAUUUAUUCAUUGAUCAGUUGAAAGGUUUAACAUCUGCAAGUGGUACUAAUUUCACUGGUUCUUUUUACUUACUUGAGAAUUUAACAAUUAUGAAAACAUUCAACUUGUGCCAUGAUACUAUGCAGAAACCUGAAGAGAUUGUGAUUCCAUUAUUCAAACAGAUGUUUAACAUUAUAAGGGUCCUUGACAAUCCAAAAGUUAGUCGUUUGACAUUAAACAUGUUAUGUCCUCUGAUUGCAGAAUCUGAUAAUGUGCCACACCAGCUUUUAGAGUUCAUUUUAACUCAAAUUAUUGAACCAAAUAAGUCUUCUUGUGAAAGAACUUACAAUUUGGCUCAAGAUUUGCUCAAGCAGACAGCAACAGUAUUAGAACCAUAUAUACAAACUACAUUUAUUAAAGCAAUGGGUGGUCAGCAAGAGGAUGUUAUUUCUGAACAUCUUUAUGAAUUAAUAUAUGAACUGAAUCUAAUCAUUCCCUCUGAAAUUAUUGUGGUGGUAAAUAACUUAGAAAAUAAACUGAUGUCCAGCCUGGAAGAGGAACGGAUUGAGGUUCUGACACUUCUGUCGAAAUUGUUCUCUGAUAAAUCAUCAAAGAUGAUUGAACAAAAUAAAGUCCUCUGGAGCAGCUAUAUUUCAAGAUAUAAAGAUGCAUCCACUAAAGUUCGCUGCUUGCAUAUGAAGUUCUCUAAAAAUUUACUAAUGAAUCAUCCACAAACAUCAAAACCAGCCCUGAUUGAAUGCUUUAUGUUCAAUAUUGUUGAUCCUGAUGAUAGAGUACGCAAGCAGACUUGUCAAACCAUUUCAGAAACUGUUCCAGAGCUGUACGAUGUCCUAGAUCCUGAGUUGUGGGAAAGCUUCCAAGAGCGUGCACGAGAUAAAAAUUAUGAAAUUCGCCAAACCGUCCUGACAUGUUUUGGAAAACUUUGCCAGCGUUGGACUGAUGAAGGAAUUCCACCAGUGCUGUAUGACGCAAAUUUUAAAUUGGAUUGGAUCAAGAACAAAAUCCUGCAUCGAUAUUAUGGAGAAAGUGUACAAGAGAAGCAACUUGUAGAACAGCUUUUUAAUCGUUAUGUGGUCCCUUACCGGAAACCUGCAGAAGAAAGAAUGAAAUUAUUUUAUCAAUUAUAUUGUACGAUAGAUGAGCCUGCAUUGAAGGCUUUAGCUGAAAUGAUCAAGACAAGAAAUGUGUUGCGCUCUCAUGUUAAUAAACUUUUAGGAGUAAUGAACAUGGACAAUUAUGAAAUGAAAUGGUAUAACGUCUACAAAAUUGCUCCAGUGCUAUCAGUGUUUUCUAAAGAACCAAAUAAAGGAAAUGCCUAUGCCACUGCCUUUGGUAAACUUUUAGAAAAAAAUGCUAGAUUAAGUACCCUUAUUGGUUCUGUUGCCAAUGGAAGCAUUUCUUGCUCUGCAGCAGCCAUACGUUAUAAAGAAAUAUUGGAAGAAGUUAAGAAUACAGAAAAAACUGAAUUAGCGAGUUUUGUUGCCCAAAUGAUUACACGCAUUGUACCUAUUAUUGACAAAGAGUGCGUAAAACAUCUGUUGACUAUUGUGGAUAAUUCAUUCCAAGGAGAUUGUUCUAUUGAAGCUGAUUUAGGUUUGGAAAAUUCAUUUUUGAAAGGAUUUGAAUUAAUAAAAAUGUUAUCUUUAUCAAAUCCUGCUUUGUUUCAAAAUGAAGAAACAUUCAAACUUCUGAUGUCGUAUCUUCGUGUUGAGAAUGAGGAGGUGACUGUACCAGCCUUACAAAUACUCUGCAACAUCUGUAAAAAUUUAAGUGAAACUUAUCCUGCCAUUUAUGAGCAACUUUCUCCCAUACUGUUACAAUAUGCAGAAUAUGGAAAACCUAUGCAAGCAAAGCAUUCUGUGUUUCUUCUAAAUAAAAUUGUGCCAGAAAAUUCAAGGGCUGAAUUUUUUAUGACCUUGAUGCGAACUCUACAGAUUCAUUUUACUCUCAAAUCUGAGCAUUUUAAAACUGCUUUAGUAUCUUCUGGUCAUAUUGCUCACAACUGGCGUCAUUUGUUCCCAAAUCCAGAAUUCAAAGACAUGGUCACCUUCAUCGUUUCAACUGUUCUUAUGCAUGAUGGCGUAAGUAUCAUGCAUGGCAGAGAUUUUCCCCGAGGUGGUACUGAACUCUGGGGCCCUUAUGACAAUCUCCCAGAUGAAUCAAAAGUGAAGAUUGAAGGUAUGAAGUGUAUUGUUCGAUGGCUUACCGGAAAAGAAAAAUUUGUGAAACCCACAAUAACUACUUUGAGAUGUUUGUCAACAUAUAUUGAAAAUGGUGGUGAUCUAACUGAGCAAAGACAUAACUCGCCCAUGGAAAACUCAUGGUUGAGAUUGAGUGCUGCUUGCCGUAUGCUUAAACUGUGUCAUGUUCCCGAUUAUGCUGUUGCCCUUAGCCUAAAACAGUUUCAAAUCCUUGGUUAUGUUUUAAAUGAUCCAUGCCCAGAAGUCUGUGAUAUCUUUGCCAAAAAGCUGAAUAAAGCCUUGUAUCUCUUUAAACUACCACUUCAGUUUUUAGCUGUUUUUGCCUUGGGAGGGUUAAAUGAAAGAAAGGAGUUUAAAGCCAAUAUUAAAAACUAUCUAACACAAAAUAUUGAAAAGCGUCGGCAAAAGCUGAGAGAGAAGGCUGUUACUCAAGCUGAUAAUUUAUCCUACCUGCCAGAAUACACCCUUCCAUAUGCUAUCCAUUUAUUAGCCCAUGCUCCAUUCUUCGGGGAUUAUAGCUGCAUCUCUUCUUUAAAAAAAAUUAGGAAUUGCCUGCAAAUGUUUAUGGAGUGUUUGAUUGCUAAAAAUGAAGGCUACAGUUUUGCAUUUUUCAAGAGACUUGUUGAAAACAUAAAACAAACUAAGGAUAAACAAGAUCCAGAAGAUGAAGAUACAAAUUUGAGGCUGUAUGCUGUUUGUGAUUUGGCUUUAAACAUAAUUAUGUCCCAGAAAAACUAUAUUCUAAAAGACUUCCCAGCAGAGCCAGUUCUUAAUAAAAGAUUCUUUACUGAUCCAGAUCUAAGCUACAGCAAUAUGAGAACGUAUUUACCACCUGAAUUUCUUCAAGAACAACCGGUGCAAUCUUGUUUUGAGAUUGAUUUUGCGGAAAUGUCAAAACUUCAGAAUACAACAUCUCAAAUACAGACUUCAUUGGAUAAUACUCAAGACAAUCUUUCAAGAUCUGACAACGAAAACAGAGAAGAUUUAGCUAGCGAAGAGGAAAUUUCAGUGGUAAAGAAAAAAAGAACAGCUCCUAAAAAUUCUCAUCAAAGUCAAAGCAAUGUGGAAUUUGCUGCCCCGGGGGAAAACCGGAGUAAAAGAAUCCCUGUAACUAAAGUGCAAAAUGGAUCAGUGCGAAAACGUGGUAGACCUAAAAGAAUUACUAAAAAGAGCGGACGGACAAAAGACAGUGCUUCGAAUUCUGAAACCGUCUCAUCAGAUGAAGGCGGUAAUUCUGAUGUGCAGGUGGACAGUUCUGAUGGAAUCAGUGUGAACAUUUCAGAUUCUGAUUCCAUCAAACGUUUGAUCAAAGAGUGCAAUGUUUGUUUGAAUUUGGAUGAAAUUGAACAGUAUGCUGGUCCACUCCGAAUGAACAAUGUUUCUCCCAUCAAAACGAAAAGGGGAAAAAACAACUCUUUAGUUUUAAAUAGUCAUUCAUUAAAAAAUGGUGCUCCUUCCUUUCAGAAUAAUUUAAGUGAUAGUGAAGUGUCUGCUGGAAGAAGUAGUAAUAGAAAACGGGUGGCUAGCCCAGAGAAGGAAUCGCCUACAAAUAACAAAAAGAAGAAAGAUACUGCCCCUUCUCUUCGCUCAUUACGUAGCAAUGCAUCUUCCUCUGCUGUGGAAGAAGAGUCAUCUGCCAGUUCCUCCAUAAGUGAUACAAAAGCAAGCUCUUCUGUGGACUCUAUACAAAGCUUUACAUCAAGUAUUAUAAAGUAUGCUCCCAAAAGAUCUGGUGCUGCUUCAGUCAUUGUUCAGAACUCUCAAAAUAAUGCCAUAAGGCAAACUAAAUCUAAAAUCCUGUCCAAUCAAAUUAACGAGUCUGUUGAGGAGAACAGUUCAUCGAGAAAGGAGAAACCUGUUACAAGGAGUAAUAAGGUAACAAGUUCCAUAAAGACUACUAACUCUAUUGUGACGAGAACCUCUGCUAGAACAGCAAAAAAUAAAGUGAUUGAAGCAAAAUCAAGGCCAAAGCGAAGAUGAUACAAAAGCUCAUCUUAAUUCAACCCUCAUUCUUAGGUUAUGAAUGUAAGUUAAGUAUGAACUUGCAACAACUUACUUACCCAGCUUAAACAUUCAUGUAUUCACUUUUAUAUAUGAUGAAGUGGACCUUCACAGUUACUAUUAUUACUUAGAAUUUUUAUAACUUCAUGUCUAGUUUACUCGAGAUAUCUUUUGUUGCACUAAUAAGGAAGUUCCUGAAGUGUCAUUAUUCAUUAUGUUAUAGUUCUGAGGACAAAAAUUGUUGAGUGAGUCAUUAAAAUUUCACCAAGCACAUCACACAGUUCAGCGAAUCACUUUUUAAGAGUUCUUAAGCACCAAUAGCCUUAGUCUCCUUAAACAAAUGUCUUAGAAGACUGCUUAAGACAUUCAGCAAUAUAUAAUUGUUGUAUUAAAAUUUUCUUUAAAAUGCUGAGUUGUGAUGAAAAUUUAGAAUAUAUAAGUAUAUGUAUAAUUUUAAUUCUAAUUUUUAAGUGUUAUUUAUUUUUUUCUAUUUACAAACACAUAUGUUAAAGUUUUUAAUUGAGAAUAAAUGAAAGCAUUUUAUUAAAACAACCCUUUUCAGCCAAUCAUGCUUUUCAUCUGCGGGACAAAUAGAAUUUAAGAACAAUUCCCCCAUGCAUGAAGUUCAUUUUAAAAUAAAGAAAUAAAUAAAACAAAGCAUCAAUCUCAGUUUUAAAAAAAAUAAAGCAAUUUUAAUUGUUUUUGAUAAAAUAACUUUUAACGGCAUUUACAAUUAUUCCAAUUUUUAUUAACUUAUUAAUUUUAAAACUAAUGAAAGUAACUAAAUAUUGGAAUGGGUGUUAAUGACGCCAUGAUUUAUCUUAACAGAAAUUAGAACCGCCUUUUUUUUUUUUCUUUUUUUUUUAUUGAGUUAUAAGGUAAUUUUAAAGUCAGCAAAUGUGAUAUUUAAUAAAUGGCGCAAUUGCCCUGAAGUACACAUUCAAUGCAAAAAUUGCAAUUGAAAAAUUAUGCAUUAAUAAUUACUUUGAAGUAGACAAAAUAAAUAGUGUGUAUUAUUUUCUAACUUAAAAAGAACUAUCUACGAAUGGGGGUGGUGACACUUCAAAUACCUUCCUUGUUUAAAACACUGGAGUGCUUGUUUUUGAUAUUUUUGUCAUUGACCACUCCAAAAGUUUGAUACAUUUUUAAAACCAUUCUAUUUAGCCAAUGCAAGUUAUCAUUGUAGAGUGAUUUUAUAGUAUACUUUAUAAUUAUUAUUAUUGUUUGUUGAAAUUUAAAUUUAUUUUGAGGCACAUGAACUCCAAUUGUGUCUAAAUCAUUUUAUACCUAUAAUACCUAUGUUUCUUUUUAUCUAAUUCAUUGUAAGCUUUCUUUGAAUAUUGAAUACAGUGUUUUUAUUUUUUAAGAAUUGCAAUUAAUGUCCAGUGCUAUGCUGUAUAUUUUUUUAUCUCAUCAAAGGAUAAAACAAUCUUGAAUAAUUUAUUCAGUAACUGGUGCUGCCAAUGUGAGUUUGGAACUUUUUUAAUGAAACUAUAAUUGCAUUGCCAAUUUUUUAAUGUGUAAUUGUAAAAUCUACAUAAUCUUUUGUUAAAAUAAUUACUGAAAUUUGUUUAUUCUGCAGUGUGUUUUAAAAACAUGUCAUAUUUUUUCUCUGUAAAGCAAGGAUAGUAUUUCUUUAAUAUAUUUUGUUUAGUAUUUUUGCUGCUUGUCAUUAUUGAUAUAUUGUUUAUGAAGAUUGUUUAUCUUGUUUCUUGUUGGAAAUUCUUGUAAAAACUUAAUCAAAAAUUCGUUAUUUUCAUUUUUUUAAUUAGGCAUUUGUUUUAAUUGAAUACUUUUUUACCUGCAAGUUAUUCAAAUGUUAAAUUUGUGGAUGGUUAUUUAAUAAAAGAAAUAUGACACUGUGUAACCUUGAUAUAGUGAUAAGAUUUUCUGCUUCCAAGAAAACAAAUUAUUCAAAAAUUAAAUUUAUUGACAUUAAACAAAAAAUUUUAUGACAUUAUUUUUUAUCACUAAUUUACAAUUUUUGUUUUAUGAUCCAAACUAUAAAAGUAAGUAUUAAAUUAUUUUUUACGUCAAAAUACAAAAUAAUUAUCUGAGUUUAUAGGUAGUAAAAGAAUUUUCAUAACUGAAAGAAUAUUUAAUUAGGUUACCUAAAAGAGAUGAAUUCUAUAACUUAAUGAAGGAAUAUUAAAUCAUUUAAAUUAAAAGCUGAGAUAUAUUUUUAUUUUAUUUUCGCUGUGAAAUACUCUACGACUUUCAGCGGCUGGGGUA